AUGAGCAACCUCCCUGCGGAGGUGAGCGCCGUUUUAAAGGCCAACUUUACGAUCAUCCAGAUAACCUCUAUGUUCAGUGUUGGAGCGUGGAAUUCGUUAGAAGUUGUGUUCGGCAUAUUCGAGAGGUUCAAAAAGUAUCGUGGGUUAUACUUUUGGAGUAUGCAAAUUGCAGCCUGGGGAAUAUUGUUACAUGGCAUUCCAGCUCAAGCUGUCUUUAUACAAAUGGCAGAUCCCAUUACCAUGUCACCCCUGUUUCUCAUAGGCUGGGUCUGCAUGGUGACUGGACAAGCGGUAGUGCUGUAUUCAAGACUCCAUCUCGUUGUGGCCGACAUCCGCCAUGUACGAUGGGUACUUUGGAUGAUCAUAGCCAAUUUUUUCAUCCUCCACACUCCAAUGGCAGUCCUCUAUUGUCUCAACCUUGCAAAUAUACCAUGUGACCGCCCAGCAGCAAUCUACGACCGCCUACAAACAUCAGGAUUCGCCAUCCAAGACACAGUAAUCUGUGCGAUCUACGUCCGUGAAGCACUCCGAGCUCUCAAACCCGUCUUCGAAUCCAAAGGCCCUCAAGGGCGAAAAAUCAUCUACCGAAUCAUCAUCGCUAAUCUCUUCGGCAUCUUACUCAACGUAUUAGUCGUUGUCGCCGAAUACAAAAUACACUACAUCGUCAUCAGCUUGAAAACUGUCGCCUACAGUAUCAAGCUGAAACUCGAAUUCCACGCCCUCAUGCAGCUCCGCGAGCUAACGCGCACUUACCCAUGCGCUUUAUGCCAAAAUGCUAAUGGCAGCCCUCGUGGUUCAUCCGAAAUCAAUAUCUUCGACAUGUUCGGGCGUAAUUCCCGGUCACAGGAGACCGAGAUGCAAACUGUUGUGGGGACGACGAGCCCGGCGCAUUCAGCGCACAGUGGUACAUACGAUUUCCACGAGGCAAUGCGCCAGACAUUGACAACUGUGAAUUCUAUGGAGUCACAGGCAAGUGCUCGGCCUCAUAUCCACUCGUCGGACACGCAGUCUACGGCUGAAAUGACAUUGCUCGAGCGCCCGAAGUAA